GGUACAUAGGUAGGUAGGUACUACAUUUGAGUGAUUUGACAAUUCGAUAAAUAUUUCGAUACUUCCACUACAUUACAAUUUACAUUAUAGUAAUUAUUUUAAUAAGUAUUAGGUCAUUCGAUAUUUCUAUUUCAGCUAAAUUUUUACAUGUUAUAAUCACAAAUUAUUGUUUAAAACGUUUUAUCUAAUUAAACUUGUUACAUGAUAGAAUCUUAAGUUUUUGUUCAAUACGAAUGAGUUUUGUAGAAGUAUCCUAAUUUCAGCUAUAAUGGAAAAAAUUCCAGACAAACUUGGUUAUUUGAUAUUAACAGAGGACGGGGCGGUACUUGAAUCUGGCGGCGAACUUGAAAACGACGAACGUGUUGCUACGAUUGUUACUGAUCUUAUCAGUUUAUCCAAUAGUGUGGAUCCUAUAGCCUUUGGACCAAAUGAACCAUUCAAGAAAAUAUCUAUAGCAUAUGAAGAUCAUUGGUUUGUCAUAUGCUUGUCUAAUAAGAAGAUACAUGUGGUAAAGCGCAGCAUACAAGCACCUGCUUCUGAAGGAAUUGCUGUCAAUGUAUAA